AUUAUCCUGUGCAUGGCAUCGUUGUCUUUGUUAUUAAUCUCCAUGGUAAUUGAGUUCAGCAAUAUUAAAAUUUAAUAAAGAGUGGCACAUUUUUCUAAAUCCAUGGAGGCUGCUACGGAUGAAAGUGUUCAAGCCGAUUUACCUGAACCAGAAAAUGAAGAUAGUGAACCCCGAAUCAGACCAUUGGAAAGGAUUAAGCUCCACCCUAAAUAUCCCAUAGAGCCAUCUGCUUAUGGAAAGGGAAAGAACUUCAGUCGACCCUGGAUAUUACAAGAUGGACGAACAGUUCCCGGAAUUGGCAGCGAAAUGCGGGAAAAUUAUCAAAUACCAAAAAGACCUCCCCAUACAGAAGGUAUACGUAAGCGUAUGCUCACGGACUUCUUUUGGGAACAAAUGCUAGAUGAAGUCAUCGAAGAGUUGGCUACUUCACAACCCGUUUCUGAAUAUUGCACGGAAUACGAUGCCAAUUACAUCAAAGAUGAGUUCGAGCCUCGCAAUUUGGAAGUGGCUGCAGAUAAGAAUAUGCACUUGAAAUAUCCACUUUACGGUACGGGCUCUAGCGCAAUUACUUUCUAUAGUGAAACUGCCAAGAAGACUGGCCCGGGUGAAAUCUUAGAAAAGUUCCGAAGAUGUCAGUAUUUCACUAAACCAAUGGAAGAAAGACUCGACAAUGGUUGGGUUUUGUAAUUUUUGUUCGCAUUCAUUUUUGUUUUCUUUUGGAAGAGCUAUACAAAUAUACUUAACUAUGCAUUAAAAUAAUUUGU